AUGCUCUGGCUUAAACACUGCGAAUUCGGACCAAGGAAGGAUACUCAGGAAUGUGUUCGGGCCAGUGACUGCCCGGGGGGACGGAAACUGGUGAGCAGAUCAUUCGCGUAUUGUUUCCCACCAGGCGCUGUGUGCUGUGAGAAGUCCAUCGAAGAACCCAAGGCUAAAACCUGUGGAACCGUAACCCCCAUUCCUCGAAUUGGAGUUGGUGUGGAUAGUCUCCAGUGUUCUUCCCCUUGGCAGGUGUCGCUACGGAGAAGGAUUGACUUAAACCGACCAAUCAGCAAAGAGAAUUCGGAGCAUAUCUGUGGCGGCACUUUAGUCGAUAACCAGUGGAUUUUAACAAGUCCGUUCUGUUUCUACUUUGCUGGAGCUCAGGAUCCCGCCGAACAGAUUCGUGACAACAUUCUCAUAGUGGCGGGAGACUGGAACCACGUGCUCGACAAAGAGCCCUUCAGGGGAGCUAACCCAGAGCAGGAGUUCCGAGUUGACAGGUGGAAUGUACACCCAGAGUUCGCCAAGGGAAGCGGAGUUCCAGUGAACAACUUCAUCGAUAUCACCAUUCUGUUCACACAGGGCGGGGAGGCUAAGUAUCAAGAGAAUGCCUUUGUGUUGGUGAAACUUGACAGACCGACAACCUUCACGGACUGCGUGCGACCAAUCUGUCUUCCUGACCCCUCCGACUCCAGCUGCGGUUCCAACACUUGCAGAAUCACUGGCUGGGGACACAAUGAGAAUGAAGAUCUCAAGGAUAUCCUCCAGCAGGCCACGAUGACGAUUUUCAGCCCAGACGCCUGUGACGCCAUUGACUACUACCGGCUUGGUGCUAACGCGCCUGCACGGCCGGAAAGAAGCACAUGCGCAAGAAACGCCGCUGGAGCUUUCCCAUGCGUGGGUGACCAGGGAGGUCCACUUGCUUGCCAAGGAAACGACGGACGCUGGACUUUACGAGGCACUCUUCUCGCCAAGUUGUCAUGCGACGAGAAUACCCCUCUACCAGUAGCCGACACCGCCCAAGCCGCUGAUUGGAUCAAAACGACAAUCCAAUGAAGGAAAAUCACCCAAAUGAAAAGAUAGUUUACAUAACCAGUUUACGGAACUAACGAACAUUUUCACUGGAUGUCACCAAUGAUCGGAGCGUGCCAGAAAAUUUGAAUUUAUGCAACAGAAUCUACGAAGAAGCAAAUUGUGAUCUUUGACAACUGUGGAUCAAAAUAAUUGUUGAAAAAUAUAAUCUUGCAAAAAAUAUUCCACGCAAUUAGUAUUUAUUUUAUUUGCUGAAUUUAGAUUAUUUUUUUAAUGUUUGAACCAAUAUUAUUGUUAAUAAAUUUGCCAAGUGAAAUCAACUAUAUGUAAUGUUAUUGGUAUUAGCGGGACAUCUCGUUUUGGAAUAGGGACAUUUUAAAAAGAAACGACAAAGUGUACCAGUCUUUUUCACCACAAUUACAAAUUCAAAUACGCUCUGAUGUGAAACAUCGCUUAUUUAUUGGUCUCUCACAAGUUCCUGAUGUAGAAAAAAUGUUUUAAUACAUCACUCUGAUAGCUUUUUAUUUAUAUUGUGAAUAAACAGUCUUAAAAACAUUAGUAUGCAUUUCUCCUGUAUUAGUCCGUUCACUAGAUAACGAAAUUAUACUCAAAGUGGAACCCAAAAUACUCUGUAGUGGUGUUUAAGGGUACCC